AUGCAGAAUAUUUCUCCCCUGUUGAAACGAGCAGUGGACUGUCCAAACUUUGUCCACGUGCUUCAGCUUCUAAACUCCUCCCACCUCUACGCCUGUGGCAGCUACGCCUUCAACCCCCAGCAGGUGUUCAUCGACACAGAGAGUCUCUCAGUUGUCCAUCAGGAUGGAGCUAAAGGUCGUUGUCCCUUCAGUCCCAUGGACAGGAGCUCUGCGCUCACCAUUGACGGGGAGCUUUUCACCGCCACCAGCACCACCUUCAGAGGAACUGAGCCACAGAUUUCUCGAUACUUCAGUAACAAUGGCCGCCCAGACGUCAACCUGGACACCACCGUCCACCUACUGAACGGUUUUUAA